CUGACCACAGGGUCCUCUUCUUCUCCAAGACCCUCGAGCUGCCCUCUGAGCGCGGGUUCAGGCGAGGGGGGAUGGCUGCCGGGGAUCUGCGCGUUCUGCUGCUCGCUUUCUUCAUGGUCCAGGUGGGUUAUGGAGACGUCCAGGAGGACACCGCCCCAUCGUUGGCCUUUGUGUUUGAUGUCACCGGCUCGAUGUACGAUGACCUCAGACAGGUGAUCGAAGGGGCCAACCGGAUCUUGGAGCGCACUCUGAACCGCAGGACGAAGGCCAUCGGCAGUUAUGUCCUGGUUCCAUUUCACGAUCCAGAGAUCGGACCCAUGACUAUAACGACAGACCCCGAAAAAUUCAAGCGGGAGCUGAAGGAGCUGUACGUCCAGGGAGGUGGAGACUGCCCAGAGAUGAGCGUCGGGGCAAUUAAGUUGGCCGUAGAGGUAUCCAACCCAGGAUCAUUCAUCUAUGUGUUCACGGACGCCCGAGCCAAGGAUUACAGGAAGAAGCAAGAGGUUCUGCAGCUGCUGCAGCUGAAACAAUCUCAAGUGGUCUUUGUGCUGACUGGGGACUGCGGGGACAGGAGUCACCAGGGCUACCGAGUCUACGAAGAGAUCGCGGCCACCAGCUCCGGGCAAAUAUUCCACCUGGACAAGCAGCAGGUUAACGAAGUGUUGAAAUGGGUGGAGGAGGCCAUCCAGGCUUCCAAGGUCCACCUGCUGUCCACCGACCACGAGACAGCCGGAGAGAGAAACUGGAAAAUCCCAUUUGAUCCCAGCCUCAAAGAAGUGACCAUAUCAUUGAGCGGGCCGGACCCUGAUAUACAGAUCACCGAUCCCACCGGAAGAGUGCUUUCCGUGAGCCAGGGGCUGGAGGAGUUGCUAACAAUCCCUAAUUCGGCUCUGGUCCUAGGCCUGAAGCCAACGGUUCCUGGAAUCUGGACUAUCAAGAUUGGCAGCAGCGGCCGUCACACGGUUAGAAUCACGGGGGUCAGCACUCUGGAUUUCCGUGCAGCUUUUUCCACGACCGCUGUUAUAGAUCCUUCUCGAGUGAUUGAACGUCCAAUACAAGGAAUCCCCAUCUCGGCCAUGAUCAACUGCAGCGGACUUUCUCCACCGGGAAAAGUGGAAGCCCUGGACCUUAUGCGUGUUUCGGGCGAAUCUUACUUCUCUCUGCCUGCUCAAAGGUUACCCUACAAACGCUCCAAGCAGUUGUGGUCGGUCCCCCAGUUUCAGGCUCCCAGGGAAAGCUUCUUCAUGAAGGUCCGCGGCACCGACCACGGAGGGCACCAGUUCCAGCGCCUCUCCAAUGUGGCUUACACCAGCGUAGUACCAGAUGUGCCCGCUGUGGCAAUGCCAGCUAAUAUACAGGGCUAUCAUCAGCGCCCGCUGGUCAUCCCUUGCUCUGUUGUCAGUGACAUUCCCUUUCGACUACGCUUCUCAAGGGAUGGGGAGAAGCUGGGAGACGAACGUCUUUUCCCGGAAUCUGGCAAUGCCACCUGGGAGGUGCCAUCUGCGUCCGGUCGUCAUGAAGGAGUUUAUGUGUGCACCGCAAUCAGCAAAGUAGGCGCAAGUUAUGCCCUCACCACGGUGUCCGUGGCAGAGCCUCCACCUACCAUCUCUGUCCUCCGUAACUAUACCGCCUCUCUCGGUGACCUGGCUGUCCUCUCGUGUCACGUCCUGGGAGACGUGCGUCAUAACCUCACCUGGGAAUAUGAUAAGAGAAUAUUGGACGAGGGAAGGCUAAGAAUCCUACAAAACUCUUCCCUGGAGAUUCGGAAUGUCCAGCCAAGCGAUGCCGGCCGUUACCUGUGCUCUGCCACCAAUAAUCACGGAGCUACUACCGCGACGGUCUGGCUCUCUGUUCAGGAACCUCCACGCAUACAGAUUGACUCAAGUGCCACUCAGCUGACCCUCGGAGGAGUAGUAAGGAUACGAUGUGACGUUUCGGGUCAUCCAGAACCUCGCAUCUCCUGGAGACACGGAGACCACCUUCUCAGCAACGACAGCAGAUAUACGAUCACCGAGGAUCACACGCUGCUGAUUAAGGAUGCGAGCCAAGACGAUGCGGGGAAAUACAGCUGUGUAGCUUCUAAUGAUUUAGGCACCGACGAGCAGUCCGUAAUCCUCACCUAUACAGAACUUCCAAAAGUCAGUGCUGUGAAAUCGUCUCUGCAAGUGCCGGUGGGAGAGGAUGCCGUUCUGGAGUGUAUGACGGAGGGGCUCCCUCCGCCGCUGGUCAUAUGGUACAAAGGAGAAGAGGAAUUGACGGGCUCUCUAAUCAACUCCGACAAAGGAGUUCUGAGGCUCCGGGAUGUGAAUGUAGAAGACGCAGGAGCGUAUACCUGCGUGGCAUCCAACGAGGCAGGAACAUCGUCCGACGUCAUCCACGUGGAAGUGGGCAUACCACCACAAUUCACCGACUUCCCCGUGGAUGUUGAAGUAGAGGUUGGGGAGAGUGUCCUGCUGACCUGCGGCGCUGACGGAAGUCCCACGCCGCGCGUAACCUGGUCCAAGCAGGAUGGAGGUCUGGUGGAACCAUCUGAAACAGCAGAGAUUAUUGAGAGCCCUGGAGCGAGUACAGUCCAUAUCAAAGUCGCCAGGCCUGAGGAUGCUGCGGUGUAUGUGUGUGAGGCACGGAAUCCAUUUGGUUGGGUCCAAGCCGAAAUCCUGCUCAGUGUUACAGGACUAGUUGCUCCCAUGGUGGCUACAACAACCUCCGAGGUCACUGUGAUAGAAGGACGUCCCGCAUCUCUACCGUGUUCCAUCAUGGCUGGAAAUCCACCCCCUGUCCAACGCUGGCUGAAAGACUCAAAAACGCUGCAGUUUCAGUGGCGCCACUCUGUGGACGGAGAAGGAGCAUUACACAUAGAACCGGCGCUAAGGGAGGACACCGGAAAGUACACCUGCCUACUGGCCAACUCCGCCGGGUCAUCUAAUCAUAGCAUCGACCUGCGUGUUCACGUUGUUCCCACCAUUGUACCUGGUCCAGCUGAACAUACUACUCUGGAAGGCAGGGUGGUUAUGCUGCCAUGUGAUGCCAGAGGACAUCCGAGUCCUGUUGUCACGUGGGCAAAGGGAGAAGAAGUCCUGACCCCAGAGAGCACCCGCUAUCACGUCAACAGAGAUGGAAGCCUCUCGAUACCGCUGCCAUCCGGUGCCGACACCGGGCUAUACACCUGUACAGCUACCAACCCGGCUGGCACCGCCAGCAAAGAAAUUCAACUCAUCGUGCACACAAAGCCCAGAAUAAAUGUGAAUGGGUCACAUGAUCUCGGUGUUCCAAUCCAUGUGGUGGCAGCUUUGGGCUCCGAAGUCGAUUUGCCGUGUGAGGCACAUGGAACGCCGCUGCCCGUAGUAUCUUGGAAAAAAGAUUCCUUCCCAUUGCCGAUCAUCUCUUCCAGACAUAACAUCCUCCCGUCAUGGUCUCUCAGACUCUCUGAGUUGAGAGUAAUGGACAGCGGAUAUUAUACUUGCCUGGCAUCCAGCCCCGCAGGGAACACGUCGCUAACCUACAGCGUGGAGGUGCAAGUUCCACCACGUGUCCAUCCCGGACCCAAGGUUCUGAAGGCACUUCUUGGGCGUACGCUGUCACUGCCCUGUGUGGCGCAUGGAGAUCCAAUGCCAAGGCUCAGCUGGUUUAAAGAUGGAGUGGCGGUUAGAGUUGGCGAUCAGGAUUCCCUGCCAGGCCCUGAUGGAAGUAUUAGUGUACUGGAGGUCCAGCUUUCUGACUCUGGGAGUUACCGCUGUGUGGCCUCAAGCAGCGCCGGGGAGGACUCAUUGGAGUUCAGACUGGAUGUCCUGGAACCCCCGAACUUUGAAGAUGGCUCAGAUGUUUUGUUGGAGAAGACUGCUUAUGAACCAGUUAUCCUUUCAUGUCCAGUGCAAGGAACUCCCAUGCCUCUCAUUCGCUGGCUGAAAAAUGGAGUAAUGCUUACUGGCAUCCUCCCAGGAACGGCCCAGCUAGGCAAUGGGUCCUUGCUGAUUGAGACCCCUUUGCCCAGUCACAGUGGAGAUUAUGUAUGUUUGGCAACUAAUGAAGCCGGUUCUGCCAGGAGGAAAACUAAACUAGUAGUUUACGCUCCGCCUAAGAUUCUUGAAGAUGGACAAGGCCAGAAUAUAUCGGUGAUGGCCAAUCAGCCUCUGAACUUGAUGUGUGAAGUGACGGGUGUCCCGUUCCCUACAUUAACCUGGCGGAAAGACGGCAAAACGCUUACCGAUGCUCCUGGCCUUAGCCUACAAGCUGCUGGACAAUCUCUACGCUUCCACCGAAUUCGCAAGGUCGAUUCAGGUUCAUAUACUUGCAGUGCGGUGAACCGAGCAGGAGAAGCUCAACGUACCUUCAACAUCAUAAUACUUGUGCCACCAUCGAUUUAUGGUUCUGGCAUCAUCCAUGAUUUGACAGCGCGAGAAGGAUCAGAGGUCGAGCUGGAUUGUAGAGCAUCCGGUGUUCCGAGGCCGCAGGUGGAAUGGACAAAAGGCGGACAGCCUCUGUCUCCUGGGGACUCCCACAUUGAGAUCUUAGAAGAAGGGCAGCUACUUCGAGUCAAUAAAACAAGGCUUUCCGACCACGGCAGGUAUCAGUGUUUGGCCUUCAACCAUGCAGGUCAACAAGUCAAGGACUUCAACCUGAAGGUUCACACACCACCCAUGAUCUGGUCUUCUAAUGAGACAACAGAGGUGACCUCUCUACUUCACGGCUCUGUGGAGCUGAAGUGCGAAGCCCGCGGAUCCCCCGCUCCCGGUAUAACAUGGUUUAAGGACAAACGUCCCAUAGUAUCCAGUUCGAGAGCCGCCUACAAGGAGAAUGGCAGAAGCCUGCAGCUCAGCAGGGUGCAACUGUCCGAUGUCGGCACAUACACUUGUAGAGCCAGUAACCACGCGGGCACAGCUGAGAAAUCAUACAGCCUGGAGGUUUAUGUUGCUCCUGAUAUCGAAGGUGGAGGUGGAAAGCCGGUGGCCGUUAAAGCCGUCGUUGGACACUCUCUUGAGUUAGAGUGCUCUGCAACUGGCCACCCUCCCCCAACCUUAUCCUGGCUGAAGGACGGGCUCAUGGCGUCGGAGAGAGAUGGUUUGAGGAUUAAGGAUGGCGGCCGGACCCUACACAUCGAGACAGUGAAUGAAAGCACGCAGGGGACAUUUACCUGUAUAGCUAUCAGCCUUGCUGGGGAGAAUGUCCUACAAUAUUCUGUCACAGUUCUUGUGCCACCUAAAGUCUUGAUUGGUGAAGGGUCUGGACUUAUGAUGGUGACCGAAAGAGAACCGUUGGUUCUUUCCUGCCAUGUUAAUGGAAUCCCAGCUCCAACGGUCUGGUGGUUGAAAAAUGGUUUCCCGAUUGGGGAUCAGGGUGAUGUAGAGGUUUUAGAUGAGGGAAGGACCAUAGCUAUCCGUCACGUACACCCCAUCCAUGGUGGCCAAUAUGUGUGUAAAGCUGAAAGUGACGCCGGAACAGCAGAAGCAGCAGUAGAUGUGGCCGUGCAAGAUCUUCCCGUGGUCAGCAUCAUCGGGGGCAGUAGCGUUUCCGCCACGUUCCGGGAAUCUCUGCUUUUGGAAUGUGAUGUUUCAGGAACGCCAACCCCGUCUGUGAGCUGGUGGAAAGAUGGCGUAGUCUUACCAUCAGAUGGACCUAAGUUGCAGAUCGCUUCCAUAUCCCUGGAUGACGAGGGAGUUUAUACCUGUGUGGCUACAAAUCCGGCAGGGGAAGGGAGACAAGACGUGUUCCUGAACGUGCUGGUUCCUCCUAAUAUCGAACCUACCGAUGUGAAUCAUACGGCGGUGGAAAAUCUCCCUGCAUCCUUGGAGUGUCUGGUUUCUGGAAGCCCGUUUCCCGUUGUGUCUUGGUACAAAGGAGAACAGCUAUUGACGUCCAUGCCUGGAAUUACCCUGUUAAACGAGGGCAGAACAUUGCAGUUUGAGAAAGUUCACGGCACGGACAGUGGGGAGUAUCGCUGCGUGGCAUAUAACGAGGCUGGUACCAGCGAGCUCCUGUAUACCCUGGAAGUUUAUGUGCCUCCCAGGAUCGUGUCGUUGACGGACGUUGCCACCUUUUUGGUGAACGAGCGAGUCUGGUUAGAAUGUAAUGCCACCGGGGCGCCCGAACCAACAGUCAUGUGGCUGAAGGACAAGGUCCCAGUGUCUACGGCACAUGCUGGGCUGCAGAUUUUGGAGCAGGGGCGACUGCUCUCCCUGUCUGCAGUUCAAGUGUCCGACUCUGGAAUAUACACCUGCGUUGCCAUUAAUCCUGCCGGGGAAGACAGUCGAGAUACUGAUCUACAGGUAUAUGUGCCCCCGAGCAUCCUGGGAGAAGAGAUUAAUACCACGGCCAGUGUGAACCAACCAUUUAUUCUCGAGUGCCAUAGUACAGCCAUCCCUCCCCCCACCAUUAGCUGGCUGAAAGAUGGUCGGCCCCUUCCCAAAAGACAGGGGAUCCAAGUCACUGAGGAUGGACGCUACCUGCAGGUUGAACGUGCCCAGUUACGAGAUGCCGGGAGAUACACGUGCGAGGCCUCCAACGAUGCUGGGCGUUCGGAGAAGCACUACAAUGUCAUUGUCUGGGUCCCACCAACCUUCUCCGGAUCCUCUGGUCCACCUCAGUCUGUGAUAGAAGGGCAAUCGGUCAGCUUUACCUGCGAAUGUCAUGGGGUUCCUUCCCCAUCUCUAAAUUGGCUUAAGAAUGGAUCUCCCCUUGAGAUGAAGGACUCUGAGCACCUCCUGGUGUCCGGCGGUGGCAGGCUGCUGCAGAUUAAUAAGGUUCAGGUGGCAGAUGAAGGCUCUUACACCUGCGUGUGCAACAAUGAGGCUGGAAGCAGUGAGAGGGAUUACUGGCUGGAGGUUUAUGCUGCACCAGUGAUCACAGGUAACACACCUGUCCCCAAACAAUUCUCAGUGACCGGAGGUGACCGGGUCACCAUGGAAUGUAUGGCGAGUGGGAAACCUACCCCUUCGGUGACUUGGCUAAAGGACGGUUAUCCUCUUGGAAGUACACAAGACCUCGUCUUGGACAACAAGGGUCAGCAGCUGACUAUCUUUAAUGCCCAACCUUCCCACUCCGGCCGCUAUGUCUGUGUGGCUGUGAAUGCAGCAGGACAGGUGGACAUGAAAUAUGAAUUGUCGGUGAUAGUUCCCCCAGAAAUCACAAACACGCAGAGAGAACCAUUGAAUGUAUCUGUCGCUGUGCAUGGAACCUUCAUGCUAACCUGCGAAGCUACAGGGAUCCCUCCUCCGGUAAUCACAUGGCACCGAAACAACAACCCCCUCUCCCUGGGAGACAACGUGCACCUUCAGUCCGGUGGGCGAGUUCUGAAGUUGGCUUAUGCCCAGAUCCAAGAUGGUGGACUCUACUCUUGUUUGGUGUCUAAUGCCGCCGGACAAGCCAAGAAGGAUUUCAUUGUAGAUAUUCUUGUUCCUCCCAGCAUUGAUGAUGACGAGAAAGACGAAGACUUAAGAGUGAAGGUCGGUCAGUCUGUCCUGCUUCAAUGCAGAGUCUCAGGUCACCCAAAACCGGAGAUUACCUGGUUCAGGGAUUCCCUGCCCGUACAGAGCGGAGAUGGGAUUACGAUAUCUCAAGAUGGGUCUGAGCUCUACAUUAAUGAUGCCAGCGUCUUCAUUGCCGGCCACUACACUUGUCUGGCCACUAAUCCCAUUGCAGAGAAAAGAAAACACUUUAUCUUGACCGUGUUGGUAAGCCCGACAAUCUCUGGAACUCUUGAUGAAAGUCCCACAGAAGAUGUCAUUGUCCUUGUUAACAACCCGCUCUCUCUAAUCUGUGAAGCUUUGGGCUUCCCUAUUCCAACGGUUACAUGGCUGAAAAAUGGGGAGCCAUUCCAUGAUUCUAGCAACCUGAGAAUUCUUCCGGGUGGACAUGGGUUGCAGAUCCUUAACGCCCAAGAAGAAGACGCUGGACAGUACAGCUGCGUGGUCACCAAUGAGGUUGGAGAAGCCAUUAGGAAUUAUGAAGUCAAAGUCUUCAUUCCUCCCCAGAUCAAACGAGAUGACACCAGCCAAGACGGGAGUAUCAAGCAAGUAAAGACCAAAGUGAACAGCAGCCUGACUCUACAGUGUGAGUCCCGGGCCGUGCCAAAGCCAAGUCUGCAUUGGUACAAAGACGGCCAGCUGCUGGAGAGCGCCGGUACCCUUCAGGUUUUGGAGGAAGGGCAGGUGCUGCAGAUCCAGCCCAUCCGUAUCACCGACUCCGGGCGUUAUACGUGCGUGGCCACCAACGUGGCUGGAGAAGACGAAAGAGAAUUUUAUGUGAAUGUACAGGUCCCCCCAAUUUUCCACAGGCCCGGAAGCCUCAGUGCCGCCUUAGAACUUUCCUUCAGAGAAGAUGACGAGGAAGAGUUGACGGAGCACAGAGAAGUUGCUGCCGCCAACCCCAUUUCUCUGUACUGUGAUACUAAUGCCAUUCCUCCUCCAACUCUAACCUGGUUCAAAGACGGGCAACCCAUCUCUGCCUCAGAGGGAGUGCUAGUGCUGUUAGAGGGACGUAUCUUGCAGAUACCCAUGGCCAGAGCGGAGCAUGCUGGGAAGUACACGUGUGAGGCCACCAAUGAAGCUGGAGAGGACAGACUGCACUAUGAGCUUGUGGUACUCGUACCCCCAAUGAUGAUAGGAGGGGUAAGUGAUCUGAUCCAGGAGGUAUCCGUUGUAGUCAACCAAACCGCAGAACUCAUCUGCGAGGCCACAGGGACUCCCCCGCCAACCAUCACUUGGCUUAGAAGCGGGCAAACACUCAACACUGGUGAUCAAUACCAACUCCUGGACGAGGGGAGGCGUUUGCAGAUCCUAACUGCGCAGGUAUCCGAUAUAGACAGCUAUGUCUGCCUGGCCGAGAACGCUGCCGGUUUCUCGGAGAGACUCUUCACGCUGACCGUUCAUGUUCCACCCAUAAUCCUCGGACCCAACCCGGAAGACAUCAGCGCGGUCCUACACAGCCCCAUCUCUCUAGUGUGCGAUGUGCAGUCACAUCUUAAUGUUGAGAUAACCUGGUACAAGGAUGGAGAAAUUCUUCUACCUGGAAAUGGUCUUCUCCUCAUGCCAGGUGGUCAGGUUCUACAAAUCGCACGUGUUCAACCCUCUAACCAAGGAACCUACACCUGCAAGGUAGAGAACCCAGCAGGAUCCGACGAGAAACUCACCAACCUUGUUAUCCACGUCCCACCCAGCAUCAGAGAGCCUCCUAAUGCCAAAAAGGAGACCGUUCUACGCCUGGGAGAGACCCUGACCUUACAGUGCGAGUCGGACGCUGUGCCCGAGCCCACAGUCACCUGGUAUAAAGAUGGGGACUUGCUUACAGAAGACAGUGGAGUCCUUAUCCACAAAAAUGGGCAGCACUUGGAAAUCCGGGAUGUGGAGGCAUCCCAUAAGGGGCUCUACACCUGCAAAGUGGCUAACGUCGCUGGAGAGGUUGAAUUGACAUUUACAGUCAUCGUCCAGAUUCCAGCCGCCAUCACUCAUCCACAGAAUGAAACUAUACAGUUGAUUCUUGGGAAUUCCAUAGUCCUCUCCUGUGAGGUUGAAGGCUUCCCUCCUCCCAAAGUCACAUGGCUGAAAGACGGAGAGCCUUUAGACCAUGCGGUGGAGCAGGGGGUGUCUAUAAGGGGCAGCCGUCUGCAGAUCAGCCGGAUCCAGGCCUUCCAUGCUGGGCAGUACACCUGCAUUGCCCAAAACCACCUCUCCGAGGCGUACAAAACCUUUCUCCUCUCGGUACAAGUGGCACCAAAGAUCCUCAGAUCGGAGAUUCCCAGUGAGCGGAACAUCCAGGAAAAGCAAGAGGUGUCCCUGGAGUGUAAGGCUGAAGGGACCCCAGCCCCCCAGAUCUUAUGGCUUAAAGAUGGAAGACCUCUGGAUCCGAUCUCAACGCCAAAUGUUCAGGUGUCUGACGAUGGCAGCGUCCUUCUUCUGAAAUCUCUACAGCCCUCUAACUCCGGCCACUAUAUCUGCAUGGCGCAAAACGUUGCUGGAGAAGACACCAAGGUUUUUGUGCUGAAUGUUUUGGUUCCUCCGGUGUUUGAAUCGGGAUCUAAUGUUUCGGAGGUGCUCAGCGGUGUUCCAGGGGGGCAGGUGACAUUGGAGUGUCACGCAAGUGGAUCCCUUCCCAUGCAGCUCACCUGGCUGAAGGACGGCAUCCAGCUUCCUUCCUCGCGCUUUGUGAGAGUCUCCUCUGGAGGACGUAUCCUCCGUAUAUCCCAGUUGCAAGUUUCAGAUGCAGGAACCUAUACAUGCGUAGCCUCCAGCCCUGCCGGGACCGCAGAGAAGAGCUUCAUCCUGCAUGUGGAAAGUUUGCCAGUGGUGGAGAGGUCGGAGAGCACAGAGGAGGUGACGGCGGUUGCGGGGGCUUCUGUGACUUUCACCUGUGAAGCCCAUGGGACCCCCCGUCCGUCGCUUUCCUGGGAGAAGGACGGAGAACCGUUAAACCUGCAGAGUAACCUGCUGCCGAACGGUCUGGGGAGCCGGCUUCAUCUGGACUCGGUCCACGCGAGGCAUUCGGGGCUUUAUUCCUGCGUGGCCUUGAAUGCAGCUGGGAAGGUCAGCAAGCACUUCCGUCUCUCUGUGCUUGAACCUCCUAGGAUUGAGGGUCCAGCUUUACCAGCAGAGGUGUCGGUGGUUGAAGAUGAUCCCCUGGAAUUAGUGUGCAACGCAGGGGGCAUUCCCGCCCCUGAAAUCACCUGGGAGAAGGAUGGGCGCCCGUUAUCCCGCCCCGACAUAAUUACUAGAAACGGAACCGUCCUCAGGAUAGACGCAAUGAAGGCCGAGGAUGCCGGAAUAUAUGUGUGUCUGGCGACCAGCGCAGCCGGAAGGGAUUCUAGGGCCGUCUGGGUGCGGAUGAAAGUCCCCCCCAGCGUUGUUGGACCCAACGAGCCCCGUUCACUCUCGGUGUCCGUCGGAGGUCAGCUAGUACUGGAAUGCAGAGUGGCAGCGGAUCCUGCGCCUACCAUCCAGUGGUUCAGGGAUGACGUCCCCCUCCAGGUGGAUAGUCGGAUGCAGAUUUUGUCCAAGGGCCGAUACGUCCAGAUUCAUAACCUUCAGGCCUCAGACACCGGGACAUACACUUGCGUGGCCACUAACCCAGCAGGCAAAGCCAGUUUGCACUUCAUUGUGGAAAUUCAACUCGCACCUCUGAUUCAGCCUGGGCCGUCGGUGGUGAGCGCUGCUGUUAACCAGACAGCUGUGUUGCCCUGUAAGGUGGAGGGCAUCCCCACACCCGCUGUGACGUGGACAAAGGAUGGUAGCAAGCUCUCAGUGGAAACGUCCAGGCUGGAGUUCCUUGCUGACGGCUCCCUGCGCAUUCCGCAGACUCUUCUACAGGAUUCCGGGUACUAUCUCUGCACAGCCUCCAACACGGCGGGAUUGGCGCGUCGGGGCAUUGAACUACGCGCCUUUGUUAACGGAGGCUUUUCAGAAUGGCAGGAAUGGGGUCCUUGCACAAGGACCUGCGGACAGGGAGUCCAAGAAAGAGUCCGGCUAUGUAACAACCCACCCCCCGCCAACGGAGGGAGACCCUGUGCUGGCAGAGAUGUGGACGUGAGGACCUGCAAUUUACCUCUCUGCCCAGUGGAUGGAUCGUGGUCACUUUGGGGCAGCUGGUCCCAUUGCUCGUCAACCUGCGGAGAAGGUUCCCGCCAGCGCACCCGCUCCUGUUCCUCUCCUCCCCCACAGAACGGGGGCAAAGCAUGUGGCGGAAAAGACGCGGAAGCAACCGCCUGCCAGCUACCACCAUGCCAAGUUGUCCCUUCCCGCGUCCGCGCCAGCCUCAUCGGAAUAAUUAACGACCAGGAUUUUGGGAUCUCCUCUCUCAGCGCCAACAUGACCGAAGACCCCUUGUCUCGGACCACUACCAUCACAAGCAGCAUCGAGAACAUCCCACCCAGCGUGGGACCUCUGAUGAAGGUGCUGGUUUCCGUGAUCGCUCCUCUCUACUGGACAGCGGCUUUUCCCCAAGACAACGCGGUUAACGGGUUCUCCCUGACAAAAGGUGUCUUCCGGAAAGAGUCCCUAGUGGAAUUUGCUACAGGUGAGCUCCUGCGCGUCACGCACAUCGCUCGGGGUCUGGAUACCGAUGGGAUCUUAUGGUUUGAUAUUGUCAUCAAUGGAUUUGUACCAGAGACAGUAGCAUCUUCAGAUGUGGUCCUCCAGGAGUUCGUUGAGACCUACAUACAGACAGGGGCUGGUCAUAUAAAUGCCUUGACAUCCCCCACCAUUGUUAAAGACGGCACUUUCCUGUCCCUUCGUUGUAAUCACACAAUAGAGUACAAUCCUACCUUGGGUCGUCAACGCAAACUCACACAGCGGGUACACGUCAGCUCCAUCAGAUCUUCAUACCUUCCAGGAUCGGAAGAGCUUCACUUCCAGCUGAAAGCCUCUCUCCGGGAAGGGGUGAACGGUGGCGCCUGCCCUGUGGGGUUUGUACAGUCGGCAGAUUCGUACUGUGCAGAUGAGGAUGAGUGUGAGCGCCACACUCCCUGCUCUCACACUUGUCACAACAUCCCGGGUAGUUUCACCUGCUCCUGCCCGGUGGGAUACGCUUUAUCAUCGGACAACCGGAACUGCAGGGAUGUGAAUGAAUGCAGCCUGGGAACCCACCAAUGUCCAGCGGGGCAGGAAUGUAUAAACACAGCCGGAUCAUACCGCUGUCUCUUGCGCUGUGGGCCUGGUUACCGACCCAACUCGGAGGGAACCGCUUGCGAAGAUGUUGAUGAGUGUGCCCAGUCGUCACCGUGCCAGCAGAGAUGUCUCAAUACCAUCGGCUCGUACAGAUGUGCCUGUGAUCCCGGGUACCAGAUUAAAGGAACUCGCUGUGUGGACAUUAACGAGUGCCUGAGAGGUGUGUGCCAACCCCAGCAACACUGUAAGAAUACAGUCGGUAGUUACCAGUGUACAGACACCUGCCCGGCGGGCACGACUCGCUCAGAGGCUGGAGCCUGCACCGAUAUUGAUGAAUGCCGAGAUGGUUCUCACCUGUGCCGCUACAACCAGAUCUGCGAGAACACUGUUGGUGGAUAUCGCUGUUCCUGCCCCCGUGGCUACAGGUCCCAAGGUGUUGGAAGACCUUGCCUUGACAUUAACGAGUGCCAGCAGGUACCCAAACCCUGCGCAUACCAGUGUCAGAACGUGGCAGGCAGCUACAAAUGUCUGUGCCCGCCGGGAAGGAAUCUUCUAGGAGACGGCAGGUCCUGCGCCGGGCUGGAGAGGCUUGGAAACACCUCAGCCUUUGGCCAUGCGGGAGCUCAACUGGAGAACGCGCUGAACAAUGGAAGAAUCCAUGGAAAUAAUAUAUACACCUGGCUGUCCUACAGCCAGAACAGCAACUUGAUGGGACAGAACAACCCUGCCCGCUGUCCCCAAGGGUUUAUGCGAAGGAAUGGGAUAUGUACAGAUAUAGACGAAUGCCAGCAGCGCAGUCCCUGCCAACACGAAUGUAGAAACACAGAGGGCAGUUACCAAUGUUUGUGCCCCGCUGGCUACAGGCUGCUUCCCAACAACAGAAACUGCCAGGACGUUGAUGAAUGUUCAGAGCACAGAGUCAGCUGUGGACCCAACCAGAUGUGCUUCAACACCAGAGGGGGGUAUCAGUGUCUCGAUACGCCGUGUCCCGCCACGUACACAAAAGGUCCAAGUCCGGGGACCUGUUAUCGGCGGUGCCUGUCGGACUGCAGCUCCGGUGGACCCUACAGCCUGCAAUACAAGCUUCUGACUCUUCCUUAUGGCAUUCCCGCCAAUCAUGAUGUCAUCCGGCUUAGCGCCUUCUCGGAGGGGGGCGUUCUCCAAAACCAGACUAGCUUCACCGCUCUCGAGCAGGACUCCAGCACCCAUUUCGCUAUCCGCGAUGACGGAGGUCACGGCAUCAUCUACAGUUUGAGGCCGUUGGACACCUCCGGGGUUUACAGAAUGAAGGUCCAGGCGGUGACGCACAACGAGCAGCAGGGGAUCCGAUAUCAAAGCGUCUUCAUCAUUUUUAUCUCUGUUUCCCCGUAUCCCUACUGAAAAUCCAACAGCACCUGAGGGUGUGUGGGUGGGGGGGGGGGUUACGAGAUGCUUAAUUGUGCCCUUUGGUGCCAACCAGUGUGAACGUUCCAUGCCGGGUCAUAAUUAGACAUCUUCCAUCAUCUCAACAAAGGCUAUAGAUUGAACCGCAGGCCCAAUAGCGAUGAGGUCACCACAGCGGACAGAACGAAAGAAGGUCAUUCUCUCGGAGCUUAAAUGGAAGGAGGACACGUGCUAAAAAAAAGGUUGGAAAAGGUAAAAUGGGAGAAACGGGUGACGGUAGUGAGUGAAGUAAUAAAAGGUACACAACUGCUGGAUAUUUGGCAGUCAGACGACCUGGUAUUUCAAAAGAGCUGUUGAAACCUGCUGACAUAAAAGCCUCGCUCUAACGAUCAUGUGAGACUUUCGAACAAACAGAAGUGGCCUUCACUCAGGACAGACAAUUGAGAAUGGAAGAGACACAAUGUAUCAUCUGUGUCACCUCAGAGUGAUCAACCUGGGGGGGGGGGUUGGAGGAAGGGGUCCAUAACAGAACUUGGACAACUGGACGGCCAUUAACUUUACAACGCUAACCAAGUGUGAUUUUAACAC